UUUGAAAAAGGUAUUGAAACUUUGAAAAGUUUACAUGGAAAAAUGAUAACAACUGAAUUGACCAAAAACAACAAAACUCUACCCAUUUCCACGGCUUAUAGUAAAAUUAAAAUUAAGGAUAGGGUACUUCCCAUUGAGCCUCUGCUCAUUUUCCAGAGAAUAAGCGUUUUCAAACAUUCAGAAAAGGACUUUAAACAAUUCUUUACCUAUGAACUGGCACCCAUGCCCAUGUCUAUUUAUGAUGAGGCUGGAUUGCGGAAAAAUACCAAAUCUACUCUGUAUUCUUUAUUUAAUAAGCAUAAUGAUUUCAACUUUAGUGAUUGUAUCCUUGUUAUUGAUGGUGGAAUGCUUCUUCACAAAGUUUCUUCGACAACUAAAAAGUCCUUUUCAUAUAUAAUGUAUGCUUGUGUCACGUACUUGCGAGCAACUUAUGGCAAGAACGUUAUAAUCGUAUUUGAUGAUUAUGACAAAAGAACUACGAAAUCUUCUGAAUGAAAUCGAAGAGCUGCUAAGACAAGAUGUGUUGAAUAUGAGUUUCAGAAAGAUAUGUUGUUGGAAAUCUCGCAAGAGUUAUUUCUGGCAAGUCCAAAGAAUAAAUCAGGAUUCAUUAAAAUGUUAAUCGAAAUUUUAGAAGAGAAUAAUUUUAAAUGCAAGCAAUCCAAUGACUAUGCGGAUACAUUAAUAGUAUCUAGCAGAAGCAAACAUCUCUGCAUCCGAUUCAAAAGUAGCUAUUGUUGCGGAGGACAUAGAUGUUUUAGUGAUAUUGGUAGCAUUAACACCC